ACUUGUCGAGGGGUGGGAGGAGUAAGUGCCUGGCGUUUGGCAGCAUCACGAUUUACGUGCAGGCCAGUCCCGCAAGAGUUAGGCUGUCGGUGAGCGCGGGCUGUGCUUCGGGUCCAGCGUCUUCAUGGUCCUUUCCUAGGAACUGACCUGGGGAGGCGUGGAGGGGAAGAGUACGACGCCCGCCGGUCAUCUACCGGCCCCCCAUUCCGGAUUUCUAGGAGCUCUGGAGAACUGGCCUCCCGACCUGUGAGGAGACCCGGCCGAGACCAGGCUGACUAUGAAGGGCGACGCCUCGACUUCUGCAGCCCCCUUGAAAGGGCUCGGGGGCCCUUUGCGGAGCAGCGAGCCUGCGCGUGCCCUUCCGGCUGUGUCACCCGCGGUGCACCUGCUGGAGGAGGCGGCCGACCUGUUGGUGGUGCAUCUGGACUUCCAUGCCGCGUUAGAGACUUGCGAACGGGCUUGGCAGAGCCUGGCCGAGGAGCCCACAAGUGGCACUGUUGUGGAGGUGAAGUGCUCCCUGUGCGUCGUGGGAAUCCAGGCUCUGGCAGAAAUGAAUCGGUGGAGAGAAGUCCUGUCCUGGGUCCUCCAGUAUUACCAGGUUCCUGAAAAGCUUCCUCCCAAAGUCCUGGAGCUGUGCAUCCUUUUAUACAGCAAAAUGCAAGAGCCUGGAGCUGUGCUGGCUAUGGCUGAUGCCUGGCUGCAAGACCCAGACAACCAGGGCCUUCCCGAGUAUGGAUCACUGGCAGAACUCCACCUGCUCCAGGUGCUGCUACCCUUGGGCCGCUUGUCAGAGGCGGAGGGGCUGGCAGUGGGCUCUGCAGCUUUCAGCGAGGAGCAGCGGGAAGCAGUGCUCCAGGCCGUCUGCACAGCAAGGCAGCAGCUCACGCGGGAGCACUUGAGUCCUCAGGAGCAGCAGAAGCUGAGCCAGGAAGGUUCAUUCUCCCAUAAGCUGAUGUCAUUGCUGAGGUUGCUUCGCCGGCUUUGGGACUCUGCAGCGAGCCACCUUCUCUCUCAGCCCUUCAAAAAGAGCCUCCUGGCAGCCUUGAUCCUCCUCCUCUUGGUUCUGCGCUUUGACCCAGCAACCCCUUCUUCACUGCCCUUCCUGUACCAGCUGGCCCACCUCUUCCGCAGGAUCCAGAAGGCCACACUCUCUCGGCUCUACCCCCUUGCCCUCCGUGACUGAGUGGUCCUACCGGGUUGCCUUGGCCUCCUACAGUCCACAUCUCCAGAAGCAGAAAAGUUGAGUCCAGUGGCUGAGCUCCAUCCAGAUGGCACCAUGAGAGUGAGCCCACUUCAUUCUAGAAAGUGACCAAGGCAGGUGAGCUGUGGCUUGCUGCCUGAGCCCUCCCUUGGGCAUCCCACCGCGGCUGGCCUCAAAGGGAAUGUGGAAAUAGUGGCGCCUGAGGCCCAGCCUCACCGGACAGAGGUCUGGCUGACCAGAGCAGUUCUCUUUUACCUCUUACUGCAACAGCUCCUCAAAAAGGAGGGGCUCUGGAGCAGGAAAUUUUUGUGACAAAGACAGAGGGUGACUUGGCUCUGGAGCAGGAAAUUUUUGUGACAAAGACAGAGGGUGACUUUCCAGGUCAGGGUGCUAACGGGGGGCUAGCUGGGGGUUCACACACAUCUGGAGGAGAAGCCUUCGCUUUUGAAAAACUUACCUCUGAGACUUGCACCACAGGGCAGUGUUUGAAUUCAGUGAAACCAGAGACGCCUCUUCUCCCAUACUCCUCCCACAAAUGCCAUCCCCUCCCACUGGUCCUGCAGUGGGGCAAGAGGCAUCUGUCUGCUUGAGGCAUUUUGCUAAUCAGGCGGAAUGUGGCUUCUGACCCACCCAGGUGACCACUGGGAGCAAAGUGAGCCUGCCCGACCUUAUCUCUGGGGAAUGUGAUCUUUCUUGGUGCCUCUUAGUCUUAGCUCAGUUUUCCAGUAUGCCAGGGGCCAAGCACAGCCCUCUUGGACCCUCUGUACCCCACCACCCUUUGACCUGUCCAGCUAACUUUGUCUCAUCACUGUUUCUCCUCGGGGCUCACUGUGGCAGGUCCCUUGUCUGUACCCUGUUGUCCUAGCUGUGGUCUGUUGUUUGUAAAACACCCAAGUUGCUUUGCUCGUGUGCCGUGAAAAGUAGGCCAGUCUCAGAGUUGAGAGCUGAAAAUGGAACUGGGUAAUCAGGUGAGCUGGAAGACUGUGGGGGCUGGGCCAUGGGGGCUGAUGGGGACCAAAGGGACAGACCUUGGGGAGGAGGCUCUGGACAUGUUUCAGCAUUUCUUUCGAUGACCACAAACGUCUCGUGUGUUUCUGUGUCAGUAAAUUGUAUUUCAUUCUGGUGUCACCUGUAUGGAGGCCCUCAGCCGGCCAUCUGUCACCCGAUCUCCGUCAGAGUGGAUGAUGAGCAUGCAGAGAGAGUUUGCUAGCUUUUUGCUGAGCUGUGAGUCGACAGCUUUUCCUUAGAAGAGGAAACUAGGAAACUGCACGAUACUUAGAACUCCAUCUGCAUCCUGAAGACUUGGGAGUCACGACAGCCUUUCCCUAUCAUUUUGUGUGUGACUUUUAAAUAGACCCCUGAUGAGCUGGGAAAGAAAAGGACCCAGGAAGGGCUGAGACUCCUUGACAAUGAUUCCUCUCUUGCUUACUUUUGGGAUGGCAGACUCACUAUUGUUGCCCAACUUGGCCCAGAACUCCAGGGCUCGAAUGGUGAACUCCACCCACCAGCUUCUUGAAUAUUUGUGACUCAUGCACCUUAUGAGAAUGGUUUUGAAAUGAGAAUCUGGACAUUCACUGCCCUAGGGAAAAAAAACAAAAAACCCUUAAUGGCUUCCAUGACCCACAGGAUGCAAGUCUAGAUUCUUAUUAGAGACUUAGGCCCAUUGUUUGGGGGCUCGGCUGCCGGCUCCUUUGUUGUGUUACCCUAUUCCCUGGACAUGCUGCAUUCUGGCUGCCAGGCCCUCCUCAGGCCUCUCCACAGUGGCUUAGCUGUUGCUUCGGAGGGUCUUACAGCAGCUCUGUCCCAGGAGACUCUUGGUUUUUCAGACAUGCUCAAGGGCUACAUGACACCCUUCAGUAGCUCUUUCUGCUUCCCAGCCCGUCUCAUGCCCCUCCUACAGUGGUGACUGGAUGGUGGUGGGAUUGUUUACCUCACCAGUGCUGUGAGCUCUUUGAAGCUGCAGAGCAAGGCUCAUAUCCCUGCCCUGCUGUGUGGGUGACUGCUGGGCAGAGUUCCGCCUUCUCAUCUGUAAGUCAUCCCUCAUCUCACAGGGAUUCACGUGACGAAAUGGGCACGUAGGAAGCUUUUGGCACUUUCUCCUGCCCCAGGAAGAGUUCUUGUGAGUGGUGGCUGAGCUGAGGCCCGGCUGAGCCUGCGCCAGUGCUAACCUAACCACCUACCUGUCAGGUGAGGAAUUUGCAACCGAAACUCCUGCUGUUACUUCGGCCUUCCCAAGGAUGUAGGCUGGUCCUCAGCUCUGGGCGUAGCGAGGUCAAAGUGAAGUGUGGGCCUUCUUGGUAAAUCAACCAGUAGAGGAGCCAUCAGCCAAAGAUGGCUUUUGAGCAUGAAAUGUGGCUCGUCUGUGUAGAGGCAUUCUGUCAUUGUAAGACAUACACACUAUUUCAAAGACCAAGCACUAAAACAUAAAAACACAAGCUAAAAUAAAAAAAUGGAAAUACAAAGAUUUUUAUAUUGAUCAAAUGUUGAAAUAAUAGUAUUUUGGGUGUAUCGGGUUAAAUAAAAUCUAUUGGAACUAA